GAUCCACCAAUGAACCUGACCAUAACUGACAUCACGGUUGACGGUUUCAAGGUCACGUGGUCUCCAUCCCCACACCCUGACCUUCAGGGGUACCGUGUGGUGGUGUCCGAGCUGGACCUGACGACAGCUGUCAAUCAGAGCACGGGUCAGACAUAUCUUCAGGUGGUGGGACUGACACUGGACACUGAUUACAUCAUCAGGGUGACGGUGUCGGUCCUGCCUGAUGGUCGCUGGGCACAGAGCAACGCGACAACGACAGAGGCAACCACAAGAACGGUCUCCUCUACUGACCUGGAGUUCGUUCCUGUGACCGAGACGACGACCUCGCUGAGGUUCACCUGGGUGCCCCCUGAUGCGGUCGUGACCGGAUACCGCGUCAUGUACGGACAGGUGGCGGCGACAGAACAGCUCAUCCCCUCUCCAGGUCCAGGAGAUACAUCUGCUGUCAUUGACGGCCUCCAGCCCGCUGUGAUGUACAAGGUGGAGAUCAUCACCAUCGGAGUUCGCUAUGAAAGUCUGCCUCUAGUCGGCCAGAAUGAGACUGAGCCCGACGAAUGUGCGACAGAGAACGGUCGGUGUGACCAGAUCUGCACCAACGUCCCCGGGAGCUACAGGUGCUUCUGUCUACAGGGCUUCGUGCUUAAGGAAGAUGCCUACGGCUGUCGAGCUGUGGAUUCACCAAUUGACCUGGCUGUAACUGACAUUACGGACGAAGGGUUCAAGGUCACGUGGUCUCCAUCCCCUGACCCUAACCUUCAGGGGUACCGUGUGGUGGUGUCCGAGCUGGACCUGACGACAGCUGUCAAUCAGAGCACUGACGAUGCGUGGUUUCCGGUGGUCGGCCUGGUACCGGAGACUGCUUACAUCAUCAGGGUGACGGCCCUGUUCUCUUCAGGUGGUUGGAGGUCACAGAGCGAGGCGACAGUGAUACGGGCAAUUACAGGUAGGGAGACCGCCACACCAACCACAAUUCCUGCUGCUACAACCCAGCAGACAAGCCGGAUGACCAUCCGCCUUUCCACCAAACCUGAAACCUCGACUGUAUGGGAAGCUGGGUCGGACGAGGAAGCAUCUGAUGACGGAACCACAGAGACCAUCAGCAGGCCGCCGGGCGGCAACAAGGCAACGUCAGCUGAUCGGGCACUUGUUAUCAGUCUGGAGAGCAUCUAUGCAGAAUCCGUCGGCUCAAGCCCACAGGAUGUGCUCCAGAUUCUGGCUCAGGCUGCAGAUGUCUCAGGAGAUGAUGUUGUGUUGGGGCAGCCGAUAUCAGCUGCUGAGGAAAAGGCGCAGGACAUAAUCAUGGGUGUUCUGAAGUCCAUCACCAGCAAACUGGACCAGCUGGACAUGUCUGACCCGUUGACUGUCCAGUCUGUGGGAGGAGCUCUGGUGGAGUCUGUUAGUUCUCUGCUUGAGGAACCAGAGAGAGAUGAAGAAGAGGCUGAUGUGAAGCUCACCUCUGAUCUGGAAGAGGACCAGAGUCUCUCUCCAAAGGAGCGCUUUCAAAAGGCGGAAGAAAAGAAGCAGGAGAAUCAAGCCAAGAGACGAAAAUUUGUCCUGGAAGCCCGCCAGGUCCUGCACGGUCUGUUCAACGCCAUCAUCGGUGCAAUGAGGCCAGGAGCCCCGGCGGUCAUCAUCGAGAGGGGCGGCAUCACGCUACAUGCCCAGAAGAUCUGGGGCGACCGGUUUGGAGGCCAGGUCGUCCAGACGGAGGAUGGGAGCUUCCAACUUCCGUCUAGAGCAGCGCUUUUCGCGGACUAUACGCCGCACAGCGUCGCUAUAGAGUUCAUGCAGUUUCAACAGAACCAUUUUACCUGGGGGCGCGGGGAGUACCAACCACAUUCGUCUGUCAUGGAGCUGUCACUCCAACAGAACAACAUCCCCGCGGCCUUCAACAACCUGACGGAAGACUUCAUUAUCACCAUUCCGGCCAAAUCCGCAAACAAACCAGCAACAACAACCGUCACCAUCCUUGCCCAAGGAAACGGAAGUUCCAGUAACCAUUUGCUGAACCUCACCAAUGCCGCAGAAGGCUUCCUUGUCACAAUCACCCCGCUGAACACCAGUGUGGUUUACCGUGUGUCAGGCAGGUACGGCGGCCGCCCUGAUGACCAAAACUACAACAUGUCCACAGAGACGUACGUCCUACCCGAGGAGUGUGCCUUGAUGAAAACUCUGAGUGGUGAGGAAGACACACAGAAGACAGAGGUUAGAAUGUUCAUCUCGGGAGAGGAUGGUCCUGUGGAUUACUACAUCAAGGUCCAAAUACUUGGACCAGUGACGGAGUGUGGCAUUGAGAACAGACCCGAAGUGAAGGAACCACACGCCACUGACUUCUACGCCUACCGGAUGGAAUGGGCCCGUUUGGGCUGUGUCUUCUGGAGCGAGACGCAGGAAGCCUGGAGACCGGACGGCUGCUCGAUAAGCGAGCAGUCCGGCAUUAAUAGCACUAUCUGUCACUGCAACCAUCUGACAGCCUUCGGGAGUGACUUCGCCACACCGCCGAACACCAUCGUGUUUGAGGCGUUGAACUUCAGGGAUCUUGUAGACAACGGUGCCGUCCUGGCAACCAUCAUUGUAGGGCUCUGUCUCUACUCGCUCAUAUCAGUCGUGAUCAAGAUCGCUGAGCGCACAGGAAAAAGGAAGGUAAGUGGGCCUGUAAGGUUGGACAACCUUCAGGGCAACUUCAAGUACCGCCUCCUUAUCUGGACAGGUGCAGCUAAGCAUGCUGGGACAGAGUCCAAAAUUGCCUUCAAGCUGUUCGGAGAUGCAGCAAACUCUGGUGUGAGACUGGUCGACAUCACAGAGAAGAUUUUCACCCAAACCAGCCAGGUGACCCUGACCUUCAGCACAGCAGAACAGCUGGGUAAGGUGGAGCUGCUGCAGCUCAUGCACGACAACAGUGGGGAGGGCAGCCGCGCAUCGUGGCACGUGGACCGAGCAGCCGUGCAGGAUCUCACCACAGGCAAACUGUUCUACUUCUUCUGCAACGAGUGGCUAGCAGCCGACCGCGGGGACGGGCAGGUCGUGAAGACCUUUCCUGUCGCCUCUGAGGAGGACUUGCAAUCCUUCGGGUUCCUGUUCCCGGCAAGUCUACGGUCUACCAUGGUUGACCAACAUCUCUUUCUGUCCGUCGCUUUCAGGCCUGAAGAUAGCACGUUCACCCGCUUCGAGAGGCUUGGCUGCUGCCUGAGUUUCUUCGCAGUGUCCAUGGUGUGCAGUGCCAUGUGGCUGAGGGAAGAAGUAGAAACCGAGGUCGUGCAGGCCUUCAGCCUGGGGCCGUUCUCCUUCACUUUGAACGGAGUCUACACGGGAUUCAUGGCCAGCAUCACCUGCCUUCCCGUUAUGACAGCGAUUGUCCUGCUGUUCCAGUACAGCCGGCCAAGCAGCAAGGGCAACCGCCGCGUGCGAGACGUGGAGAUGGGCGGCCCACCCGAGGCACCCACGCAGACGGAUCUAGCCAAGCGCCUGCCACACGGGUUCAAGUACGUGGCCUGGGUGCUGGUGGUGCUGUCUUUCCUGGGAUCGGCUGUCUUCAUCACGCUGUAUAGCUUGCAGUGGGGCAAGGACAAGACAGAGAGGUGGCUAACUGUGUUCGUCAUCACCUUUCUGGUGGACAACUUUUUUCGGCAGCCACCGAAGAUAUUUCUUUUUGCCAUCUUGACUUCAUCCUUUCGCAAGAGUCAAGCCGUUGAGAAGAUUUUUGAAGAGAAACGAGACCCCGUUUGGAUAGAAGCCAAUGCUGUGUCAGGCUUCAACUGUGAUGCCUUUCGCAUGAGGAGAAAGAUGGAGCAACUUUCAAUGACGUCUCUUAUCAACAUCAAACAAGCAAGGAGGAAGCAGCACAUGGACGGACGAUUUUGGGAAAUCUUUCGGGACAUCAUGUGUUUCUGCUGCUGUGUGCUGCUUGUCAUCAGUAUCGCCAACGAACACCACAACAUCACCCAGGCCUUCUAUCAGACACAGAGCACAACCAACACCUUUGUGCAGUCCUUAGACAAGGUACAUGAUGCUGAUGCCUUCUGGUCCUGGCUGAACGGGACCGCUCUGGAGAACUUCUACCCAGAGACUUCCUACAAUGACGACAAGCUUCGCUGGCAGGACAAGGGCUUCACAGCAGAUAUGCAGUCGGUACUGGUCGCCCCGCCUAGCAUGAUCCAAGCCCGAGUAAAGUCAGGGCUGUGCACAGUGCCAGUAAAAAUGCAGAAGUCGUUUGACGAAUGUUCAUCAGGGUACGCUGAAAAUACAAAGGAGACCGGGGCGUUUCAGAAGGGUUGGGAAAGGGUCUGGAAUACGUCAGCGAUGGAGUCAGAAGCCCCUGGAUGGACCCACCUCCCCAGUGCAUACCCCAGUCUCCCCAUCUACGGUGUGACGACACGGUACUGGGGAGACGGCUUCGGGCUGAACCUGGGAAAAUCUGCAGACGAGAUGCGCAGCAUCCUGGCCGAGCUGAAGGCUAACCGUUGGAUCGACAAGCGAACGAGGGCCAUCUUCUUAGAAGCGUUGCUCUACGACGGAAACCUGGAUCUGUUCACAUCGCUGACGAUGGUGUUUGAAUUCUCCGAGACGGCCGGAGUUUUCACCCAUCAUCGCGUGCAGGCCUUCCGACUUCAUCAACGGCCGGGGACCAUCGGGUACAUCUACGUCCUGCUGGAAAUCAUUUACGUUAUCAUUCUCCUCUACACACUCUGGAAAGAGAUGAAUACUGCUCGUGCAGCCGGCUUGGCCUACCUGAGGGAGCCAUGGAAUAUUGUCGAAAUCUUCAAUUUCUUCUUGGCAUUCACUGUCAUCACUUUGUACGGCUUCAAGAGAACCUAUAGCUUCAAGGGUCUGGCAACGAUCAAUGUUGGGAAAGAUGAUGUCCACUAUUUCCAAUCUGCGGUGAACGUAAGCCUGGCUUUCGGCUGGUUCCUGGCCUUUCUGACGUUUGUCACCAUGUUGAAGUUCCUCCGGCUGCUGAGGUUCAACCCAUUCCUUGCCAAGCUGAUGUCCGUGCUCCGAGGGAUGAAGGUGGAGUUCGCUUACUUCGCAAUCUACCUCUUCCUCUAUCAGGCAGCAUUCGGCGUCUGUGCUCAUCUCCUGUUCGGCCUUACUGUGACCGACUACAGCACCAUCAGCAAGUCCUUCUCCACCCUGUUCCAGAUGUCUCUUGGAAACUUCUACUACCACGAGCUGCGGGAGGCAGCCCCCAUCCUCGGCACCAUCUACUUCAUCGCUUUCAUUUGCAACAUCUUCCUGGUGCUGAUGAACAUUGCUAUGGCUAUCAUCGACAGCGCCCUUCCCAAUGCGCGGAACCAUAACAUGUCAGAGGUGGACGAGUACUUCACCCAGGGGUUGUGGGAACGCUUCACGGCCUUCUUCGGCUUCUGGGAAGUGCCCGUCACAGAUAACAACUACUUGGACACUCUUCAUGACAGCCUGGUCGAGGUGGAGAUUAAAGUGGAGAAACUGUGGCUGCAGAGGCAGUUGCUCUUUAACCUCAAGAUGAAGGACGUAGACCUCCCCACAGAGCCUGAGUUUGUUCCGACUGUCAAAGAUGUUCCCGAUGCUGCAGCAGUGCAACUUCAUGUCCCCAAAAGAGGCUGCCGCAUCAUCGCGGUUCGUCUUGCAUCCCAGAAUAACCGCACAGACGACAGCAGUCAAGCGAUCUGCUCCGACAGCAAGGCGCCAGUGGUGGUGGCAUCCGGGUCUCUGCCAAAUGUCACUCAGGAAAGCCACCAAACCAAGCAAGCCAUGGAGUCCAUCCUAUCCAAUGAGGAAAAAAGUGGCAAGAAGUCUGUCAACAGAUGUCAAAUUGCUCUGUAUCAAGUGGGGAGGCCAAGUGUCAACUUGAGUGCUGGUGACAAGGUGGCCCUGACAAGCGACGAGAUGCUGACAGACGACCACAUCCAGGCUGCCCAGAGACUGCUCCACCACCAUUACCCGGCACUCCAAGGCCUGGAAGACCCUGUAGUUGGUCUCUGUGAGGAUGGAUUUGCCAAUAUGACAGGAAGGGGGCUACAAAUCCACCACAACAGCAGAAAGCACUGGGUUCUGUCCUGUUACACAGACGGACAGGUGCGCCUGUAUGACAGCCUCGGCGCCGCCAUGACCACAUCUCUGCAGAUUCAGCUUUACCAGUCUUACGGCGCGUUUGCCGACCAAGAGAGGAACGUCCUGACCAUCAUCCUACCAGAGGUACAGCGUCAGAAGAAUGUCGUUGAUUGUGGGAUGUUUGCCAUCGCCUGGGCAGUCGACAUCGCAGAGGGGCGAGACGUGAGCAGCAUUGCGUAUGACGACAGGAAGAUGAGGAGCCAUUUGGUGAUGUGCUUCAAACAAGGGAGGCUCACACGGUUUCCUCAUCUAAGCAGCCACAGGAAGAAAGUCGGUCUAACCAGGGUCAGCAGAAUCUCACUGGUUUGCCGCUGCAAGCAGGAGGAGGGUCUGGGAAGGGUGGAGGCGUGCAGGGCAUGCCAGAGGAUCUUUCACGUCAGCUGCCUGCCAGUCAGCCCUCCUAGUGAUGGCACAUGGGCAUGUGAAGACUGUUCCGUGAAAAGUACAAAAUGCACUAUAAUGUGUAAUAUGUGA